UCUUUCAAGCACACAACUGUAGAAGGUUCCCAGAUGAUUGGUGUGCCUCCAACUCACUCCAGAGGCUCUUGGAUGGGAUCUGGCCACAAAGGAACCAUGGACCUUUGGCUUUGGUUACUUUACUUCCUGCCAGUGUCUGGGUCCCUGAAGGUCCUCCCAGAAGUGCAGCUGGAUGUAGAGUGGGGAGGAUCCAUUACCAUCAAGUGCCCACUCCCUCAAACACCCGUGAGGAUGUACCUGUGCCGGCAGAUGACUGACCCUGGAACAUGCACCACUGUGGUGUCCAACCAUUUCGUUAAGAAGGACUAUAAAGGACGUGUCACCCUAAAGCCAUGCUUGGACAAGAAGCUCUUCCUAGUGGGCAUGACACAGCUGACUGAAAGUGACAAUGGAAUCUAUGCAUGUGGUGUGGGCAUAAACACAGACCGGGGCAAGACCCAGAAAAUCACCCUGAAUGUCCAUAAUGAAUACAAACCAUUCUGGGAAGAUGAACCAAUAUCUGAGCCUCCAAGAUGGUUUCCCAAAUUUCUGCAACCGAUUCCCAACAGGCACCAGGUGGUUGAAUAUGCCAGUUCUUCUGAAUUCAUAUCCAAAGUUACCACACAAGCUCCAAGGACUGAGGCCCUUCCAGCUCACCAGCCUUCCAGUAUGGCUCCAGUGACCCGCCCGCCCAAACUUUCCAGAACAUCUUUAGUGCUAUCAACUACAGCUUCAAAGACCUCAGCUCAACAAGCACUUGGCCCCCUAGUGGCCAGCUACAGCCACCAAACCAGACUUCCUGGGCAAAGAACACCCCGCCACGGCCCACAGUAUGGGAGAGAAGACCGGGGGCUUCACAUCCCCAUCCCAGAAUUUCACAUCCUGAUUCCGACCUGCCUGGGCUUUCUUUUGCUGGUUCUUUUGGGACUGAUGGUAAAAAGAGCCAUGCAGAGGAAGAAAGCUUUCUCCAGGCGCGUGGGCCGAGUGGCGAUGAGGAUGCGCGGCCGGGAGGCGUCCCGCCCCGUCCCCUCACAGCGCCUGGGCGUCCCGCAGAGGCCGCGCUCGCAGAACAAUGUCUAUAGCGCCUGCCCGCGGCGCGCACCGGAACCCAACAGCAUGGGUCCUGCGGAGGCCCCACUCCUCAGCACCCCAGCCUCAGCGUGCCCUGCCCUGCCACAGGUACUGGAAGCUCCUUGGCCCCAUACCCCAUCUCUAAAGGCAAGCUGUGAAUACGUGACCUUGUGCCACCAGCCUGCCGUCAAUGUGGAAGAUUCUGAUUCAGAUGAUUACAUCAAUAUUCCUGGCCUGCCUCACCUUCCCAAGGUCACCCUGGAUCCCAGACCUUCAUGCCAAUGAAUCCUGCCUGUCUGCUGAUUUCCAGCACCUUUCAUGUCCCAUACCCCAGCUUGAAUCUCACCUGACUACCUGAAUGCCUUAAGAAUGAUAAAUUACAAGCUUAUUAACAACCCAAUGAAGGCCCCAGCAUUCAUUGGAAGAUCUCUGGACAUGCAGAGCAUUCAUUUGUCAUGAUGUCACCUGUCCUUUCUGUACCAUCCAAAACCUAUGGGACCUGCAAGAUGCUUCAUCACUAUUUAUGGUUACAUGGUCUUUGUGGCUUUAUCCCUAGCUCAUGUGGCAUCGGGCUAGAAUAUAAACCCAGGACCUAGAAUAUAAACUCCAGCACCUGA